CUCAGCCGUCUAUUUUAGUACAUAGUUUUUACCAAUUAAUUGUAUAUCGCAGUCUGUUCACAAUUUUUCAGUUCAUAUAAUUCUUUGAUUGUUUAUUAUUGAUGAAGCAUGAUCGCUUUAAUGAUGGAUGAAAGAUGAUUAUUUUUAAUUCAACGGCAAGUAUCGAUUUAGUUUAGAUGAUCACACACAGAUUUCUCCGCUUCAAGCGGUAUUAAAUAAUCACCAGAAUGAAAAACCUUGCAACCACUCGAAACUGAUGAAUUGGGAAUGAAAACACGAAUUAUUAAAGAACCGUAUUCACAUCAUCGCGAAAAAUAUCAGUUCAAGAUGACAACGCUACAUUUUCAUGCCGUAAAUAAUACAGAUAUACACGCAGCGAAUUUGGCCAAUCUGAAAUAUUAAAACGCAUAUAUUUAAGAAUGGUUGUGGGCUAUAGCAGAUAAGGUUGCAAGUCUAAAUCACGUGGUCAUGAUUCGAAAGUAAUGGAUAAAAUAAAGUAGAAAGAGUUAACGGGGAAUUCCGGUGAAAUUUUGAUAAUAUCGAGUUUUUCGUUUUUAAAAUGACUAAAAAAGAUGUGAUCAAAUAUUCCUUCGAACAAAAUUUAGAUCACGGUAGUAUGUGUCCUGAAAAAAAAUGCAAUCAUCUGCGAAAAGUUAUUUAAAAAACAAAAAACUCGAUAUUAUUGACAUUUCACUGGAUUCCCUUCUUAAGAUUGAACCACAUUAGUGAAUGAGAAUUUUUUUAUUGCAGUUGAACAAAUUCAUCAGAAACAUUUCAGAUCACACUGUUUUCGAGACAAGUGUAUAAAGUACUCCUGCGGUAAAUUUUCAUUUGAACAGGCUAUAAUCGAUCUAUCGAGGCUUGACGCUUAUCACGUGUGACGAAUUCGCAAUGGCACCAUUGAAUCGCGCAGCUUAUGAACAACAAGUGUAAUGAAAUUCGAAUGAACCUGAAAGUAAUUUUCUCAACACAGUUGCGACGAUUGAAUGAUAAGUGGAUUGCACACGGUAUAUGAAUCAGGGAGUAAGUCUGGAUCGAAAACAAAGUGCUGCGGACCCACGAUCAUCAUGAAGCUCAAUACUUUUUCCGCUAUUCUGACGUGCGUUCCGUUACUACUUCUUCUCCAUGGAAGCUCAAGGUCAACCGUGCUCGCAUCGCCGUACAGUGACAACGAUUCUGGCAGGCGCAUCAUAAAUGGACAGCAAGCCAAUCCCGCAGAUUUUCCAUUUUUCGUGAGACUCAACGCGAACGGAAUACUCUGCGGUGGCAGCAUAAUAAGCAACUACUGGAUCGUCACUGCGUGUCACUGUAUAGUCAGGGCUAGAUGUCAGGCGAUAGAAAUAUACCCUUCGAAUUCGCAGCGUGGUCAGCCACCGCCGAUACACGCUGCACAAUGUGUGAUCCACCCCCAGUAUGACCCGAGACGGCACGCCUUCGACGUCGCUCUUAUAAGAACCGUGGAAGACAUGGUCAGCGGUGGACUUAAAGCGAUCACACUUACGCCACCAGGCACCCGUUACCCUCCUGGUACCCCGGCCACCAUCGUAGGCUGGGGAAAGAUAGGAUACAACGCAUAUCCCCAAACUCUUUUUCGCGGACAGUCGGUCCUUGUGCCCUGGGACGUGUGCAAUGCCGAGCACAAGGCUGGUUCGAAUCGUUGCAGAGGUAACCCGAAUUGUAACAUUGAAAAUAUACCGAACAGAAUAUUGUGCGCCCGGGGCGUAGGGUCAGCUCCACAAAGUGCUUGUGGCGGGGAUUCUGGAGGACCUGUCCUUAUUAACGGGAAUCUAGCAGCGAUAAACACUGCUGCAAUAUACGACAGUCCCGUAACGUUCAAAGCAGGAUGUGUACCUGGGAGUUCGACGAUGCACACCAGUAUCGUUGACUAUCUACCAUGGCUAUUUUCUCUUGUUGACCCUAGCGUUAAUACAGCAGGGUUUCCGGUAGCUCCAGAAUCUAGCAACACUUUAAUCAUCGGUGAUUGAGGCAUAUUCCCGGGCUAAUUGUCAAGACGGCAUCGACUGUUCGGAAACAAAUGGAAAUUUGAGUAGGCUUUUGAAAUUUUUCACACUUACACGCGAUGAUGGGUUUACUUUGUUCAACAAAAUAAAUACAUGGAAAAAUUCCGAUACUGUAUUAAACACAAUUUCCGUCCAUCCCUCAAAAUACAUUUUAAAAGCGUCGAAUCAA